UAAAUUAAUUCCUUGCUUUUGGCUUACAAAAUUCAAUAACAUUCACGUCUCAAUAUUCAAUCCCCCAUUUCCACUUAUCAUUGAACCUCUUGAAGGAAACUGACAACAAUCCAAUAAAGUGUCAAUCUGAAAUAGAAUUCAAGCACCUACGGCAAAACGAUUUUUGGAUACAAGAACAUUCCACUGUACGCAAAAAAUCAUUGCUGUUGCUGAACAAUAUAUCGAUAUUGCAAUUAAAAAGUUUUGUCUUAAGUUCUCUAAUUCUAAAAUAUCCGCUUUUUAGUAGGAAUGUAUUUUUUUUUGUGUGGAAAAAUGAAAACCCUUGCCAUAAAUGCUUUGGUCAAGUAGGCUUAAAAUGCACUUAAAGCGACCCUUAAUGCUUAAGAAGAGGGUGACAUACCUAAAAUGGAAAUUGUUUCCAUAUAUUGAUGUGAAUGAGUGGCUAGUUGCUACGUAAAAUGCUUAAGACUCCUUAAUAUUGCAACAGAUAUAUUUUUCGAGUGUAGCCACAAAUACAUGUCAACACAAUCUCUAGAACUAUUCGUUUCGACAUUUCUGAGAUGGCUUGCUAUUUCCGGCCAGAUUUGCUUUAGAAAGUGUCAGCACAAUCUAAUAGAAAUUUGAAAUGUACAUUUUCUCGCUACAGAGAAAACAGAUACGUCUCUGUGUACGGAUACUGGAAAAAAAGCUAAAAAACCUGGCUAAAAAACUCGAAGUUCAAGAAUAGUCAACUUAAUGAUACCGAAUGAAAUGAUGUUAACGAUAUUGAUUUCAUCAGUUCUUGUUUUCCACAUUUUCGUUGGUUAUGCGCUGGAAGACGUUUAUGUUAUUAACAGAAACUCUGGGCCAAAGGAUCGGGUCUGGAAUGGCAAGGACUCUUUUGAAAUUCCACCAUCGAAAUGUGAUCCAUUAACAGCCUCAAUAGCAGAUGAAUGCGAACUAUUGGGAGCAGAUGCGCCGGCGAGCGACAUGCCAAAGUGUUGUUGUCCGUGUCCCGGUGGCAGACCUACGUUCGCUUUCCUUGAGAAUCAGUGGGCGUGUUUGGACAAUCAGUUUAUACGAGUCUUACAAGGUACGAAGAUGAAGUAAUUAUCAAAAUCAUGUUGGAACAAUUUAUUUGCAGUUCGACCAUCGGGCAUAAUUAUAGUUGGCAUUUGAUGCAUAAUAUCUUUAAUUACUAAUUGAUCAGAUUUGAAAUCUUGGUGACGCAAUAACAGCGUUGGUGAAAAAGGUCACAAAAAGACUAAGGUCAAAGUUAGAACUGUGAUAAUAUUUAGUGUCUAAGCAUUUACUAGUCGUGCUCUACGUGCCUACAGGCACACGCAUACGCAUUAUAUUUUCUACCUAAAAAUACGUACAUGUACAGGUUAACUCUCAUAGUUACGAGGUACACGUAUUCAUACGUACUAAAUAUUGCUUUUCGUUGCUCAUCACAUAACAGACUGCAGCCACACAAGCUAUUUUUUGAAUGAGCUAACGAAUCCAAGUGAGUUAUGGGCGUUACAAACCUCUGUCUCAGUGUCAACCAAUAUUCCGAAUAAUGGCCUACAAAGCUGUGAGGUGUUGCCAAAUUCUUCGUGGUAUCUUGGGUGCAAUGGGACGCGAGUGAAGUCACCUCUCUAUCAAAGGAAGAUGAACGACCUGUUUGCAUUAAUCAAUCACUUUGACGAUGUUGUGUUCAACUACGUCUCUCUAGAGGUACGAAAAUGUCUUUUAUAUCGAUAUGUCAGAACAGGUGAGGUCAGAAACCAUCACGAGAAGGUUGACGGCUCCAUCCUUGUAUAUUCUCAGUCAAAAAAAAAAAAAGAAACAAACAAAAGAAAUGAUAAUUUCGGUGUGAAUAUAUUUUGCAAGGAGUACUUAUAAAGGAGAGUGAUUUUACGCCUGCGUUUGAAGGCAUACUGAGUAUUUGCACGUGGUUAUCCGAGCCAAUAAAAGCACAACCUUUUUGGCAAAAAAGGCAGUACCUUCUUGCUUAGUUAUAUUAGGAUUCAAUGUCACGCCAUCCCCCAAAAAGGAAAAGGAAACAAAACGAAAAAAAAAAAAAAUCAAACCAUUCGAAAAUAAAAUAAUAUAGAUAAAUAUAGAUUCACAUGCGAUUUUCCAUAUAGUAUGAGAUGCUCUACGGAAUGUUUUACCCAGACAAUUGAGCUUUCUGUAUAAGGCCUUGUUGGGAAACAGUGUUCAAGAUUACAAAUUCCAUGCAUUAACCUGGAUUAAACGGAAAAUUAGUUGAAGGGAUAGAAUAGACUAUAACCUUGUAAAGCUGCGCCGGCUCAAGAUGAUGAACAAAACGUUACAAAUGUUCAAAUUGAAAUCUCAACAUUUCUCAAUACAUUUUCUUCACAGGUUAGAGGUGGUGUUCUAAACGCACAUUUGCUUGAGGGGAAAAUUAUCAACCUUGCUAUACGAUGCAACCAAUCAAACAGCAAUGCCCAGUUUCACAGCUGCCUGAUGUUUAAAUUGAAGGGGCAACAAAUAUGUAAGUUUUUUCCUCAGUGGAUAUCCGUUUUUCAGUAUUCAAUGGCUAUGAUGAUCUCUAAGCCUUCGUGAAAGCAUUGAGAUUUGUUCGCGUUUUUUACAUUAUCUGACAGUUAUUGCCUAAUUGCACUUAAAAUGCAGCAAUAAACACUACUACUGGCCACAUGAUUUGAGAAAAUUUCAGAGGUAAUUAAAGACUAACUGUAUAUGUAUUUCAUCAGGUCCUGAGCCAGAACCUAAGCUAUACACCCGCACCACUAGAAGUCCCGGAACUCAAAAUCCAAACCGAAAUAUGUCUCCUAACCCCGUAAACACAUCUUCGUCAGCUGGCAACGUAAGUAUAGAGGGAAACUGGAAGCCUACAACAUGACAUCUUCGCGGCACUUUCACGCGAUGUCAGUGAUACACGAGGCCUGUUGCUCAAGUGAUUUGAAGUGGCCUCGUAACCCUUAUGCAGUGGGGUCUUAAAAACAACAACAACAAGAAGGACAGCAACAACGGCUAACAACAAAAAGCGAGAUUUUUUGGGUGUUUCUUGGUGUUGGGGAAACCACAGUUUGUUCGCUUGUUUGGUGUUGUGUGGGUAUUGUACCGUGUCUUUUCAAUCUUUUUUAUUAUGUCAUUUGUUGAUUGCACUCGUCUUCAACACUAAGAAACUACCCAUUUGUUUGUUAAAAAUCUUUAUCAUAACAAUUUCGUCCCCCCCCCCCGCAAAAAAAAUGUUAGUUGCAAAAGGCCUUUUCAAAUUUCGUCGAGAGCAUUUUAAACGAAAUUAAAUUGGGAUUAAGUUUGCAAAACCAAGGAGUGAAAAUACUAGGUUUAAUACACCGGUAAUAAUGCGUAAUUUUUCACUAUAACCGUACCAUUACUUCGUCGUUAGGUUGACUCUCGUCCCAGCCCAGGCCAUGCUGGCAUCUUAGACGGUGGACGGAUCAUAGGAGUCAUAGCAGCCAUCAUUGUCUCCAUUGCAUUUCUAAUUGUGAUUAUCGUCUCCUUGUUUUAUCGCCGCCGGCAGCCAUCAAAGUAGGUAGAACUUGACACUAGUAAAUCACUGCAACAUGACCAAAUGUUCCACUCUUAGUGGGUCUGUUUGCAAUCAUCGGAUAUUGGGCUAAGGGCUGGUUCAGACGCCGUACUUUUUAUGUGCCGAAUCUAAUUAAGUAAGUUCGACUUUGGAGCGACACUGGAGUGACAUCUGAUUCAGACGGCCCACCGUGUAUCGAGCCUAAGACUCUGUCGAACUCAACGCUUUUGCCGUACCAAACUAAAACUGCCGUACCGAAUUGAUACCGACGCCGCUCUUUUAUCGUACUUAAUUCAUCAGUUAGGUUCGGAGCGGCGUCUGUACCGGGCCUAAGACAAAUAGUAAACCUUUAUUUAACUAGGGUAAUCCCUUCAGAAUACUUAAAAGUAUAUCUGUUAUCAAUAGGAGCCCUAAAUUAAGGCUAAUAAAAAAGUUCAAAAUAAAUAAUAAGAAACUAAGUAACUAUAAGUUAAUAAUAGUACAGUAUAACAAAACGCCUGACUCUACGUUAACACGGAAUUUUGAACGGCUAGGCCUCUACCGUUGGUUAAAAACGUGUGAACAAAACACCCUAACGCACGGAUUUUCAACCGGUGCCGUGUAAAGUGAGUUGGACCACGUCCCAAGCAGUCUUUACCCCCUAAUCGAUUAUUAACACGAGGAAAAGCUUACGGAGGAGAUAGGAAGUAGGGAAAAGAGAUGCAACAAACAUAAUAUAGUAAUAAUAUUACGCGACCGCUACGUCACCAGUCUUACAAAUGAUAAAAGACGACCCUGGACAAGUCAGACACGAAAUCAGCGGCCGCCUACUCCAGUUCGUCAACAGAAAUGAAAUCACCCCCUAAAUUCAUCGUUAGCUUUUCUUUUACUUUAAAAGAGCAAAGACAACAAAAUUAACAAAUAUUUCUCUAAUGUUGGUAAUUUUUCCUUUUCGUUUUCACAGUAAGAAAGCUAAAGCAAAUAAAGCAAGAGUCAAUGGCCAUUUUCAGGUGUGUGGAAGGGCAUGGUAAAGACAGUUGCUAGUUACAGUCAGUCUUGAGAACACUGCAUGAUAAAACCCGUUUGUAGUUUUCAAUUAAAUCCCCUAUAGAGUGUUUUCAAUAGGCAGCAGCUAUGCGAAUUUAUUGUGACAAAUGAAAGCGUUUCCACUACAGGACUGGUUUGUGAAAGCAACAUGGCCGCCUUUUUAUUGUUAGGAGACAUCUGCCAUGUUGGACAACAUGGUGGUCGUGACGACAUGCAAUAAGGCUCUAUUUGCAGUUUUUUUGCAUUAACAGUUUUGAGCAUGUUCCGUGAUGAUGAUGAUGACGAUGACGAUGACGAUGACGAUGACGAUGACGAUGACGAUGACGAUGACGAUGACGAUGACGAUGACGAUGACGAUGACGAUGACGAUGACGAUGACGAUGACGAUGACGAUGACGAUGACGAUGAUGAUGAUGAUGAUGAUGAUGAUGAAUGAUAAAGAACACACGAGUGUACAGCUUACAAAAUAUGCGCCGGUUCGCUAUCUAAACAGUUCAAGCCCCGUGCAAACGGACGCAACUUUUGUUGGCCAACAACUCCCAAUAUUGUUGGGAGUUGUUGUGUCCGUUUGCACGUAUAGUAGCUAAAAAUUUGACUGCUUUCAAACUUUGCACAACAACUCCCGACAACACGCAACAACAUGCAACAGGGUGUGCAAGCGGACGCAACAUGUAACAUCCAACAAUGUUGCGUCCGUUGCGCGUAGCAUCAUAGUGCAAGAAAAUUUAGAAAUUAAUUAGGUAUUCAACAUCCUUUUGUAUUCUAUACUUUAUAGGAUGCUGUAGUGAUGAACAGGCAAUCAAACUCAACGAUUCAGCAGGAAAAUAAGAACGAGUACAACGAACUCAGUAACUGGGCAACAAGACAACCGCGUAAGUAGGCAUGCACUUUAAAAUAUGAUCACUUUAUUACACUUUAAAGAAGCUUUUAUACAAGCAAUUCUUUACAGUUACUCCAAGAAAAAAAUUCUGAAUUUGUUUUUUUUUCUAUUGACUUGUAUUUUAUUUUCAGAAAUCUAUGCAAGAAAAUACAACGUCCCUCUGCGCCGAGAACACAAUGGAAUAGGUCAUAACACAGUGCUCCCUUUAAACCCUCCCGCGGAAGAAAAUGUGAAAAGGCCAGAGAAUAGCCGAGAACUGGAUCCGGACUAUAAGGAUUUCGAACAACAAUCUACUAAGGGCAAAACGGGUUUACAGAAUGGUUGUAUCAGGUUAGACCAACCAGUCUACAAUAUCCUGGAGGAACUUCCCACUCAAGGAGAACCAAAUAUGAAUAUGAAUAGGCCAGAGAAUAGCCAAGAGCUGGAUCCGGACUAUAAGGAUUUCGAACAGCAAUCUACUAAGGAGAAAACGGGUUUACAGAAUGGUUGUAUCAGGUUAGACCAACCAGUCUACAAUAUCCUGGAAUAGGAAGAAUAGCCAAGAGCUGGAACAGGACUAUAAGGAUUUCGAACAGCAAUUUACUAAGGAGAAAACGGGUUUACAGAACGGUUGUAUCAGGUUAGACCAACCAGUCUACAAUAUCCUGGAGGAACUUCCCACUCAAGGAGAACCAAUGACACUUAAUAAUUGUGAUAAUAAAGCAGUAAAGCAGGUUUUGCAGAGACUGCAUCCUGAAAACGCUACAGAGAAUUGUAACGGUGGUUGUUCUACGUCAAAAGGACAUUCACCCGUCAAAGAUCCAAAGGAACAUAUGAGAGAUGAUGUUGAACGGGAGUACAAAGUUUUGGAGGGGCCCAUUGCUGAGGGAGACACCUUUCACCAUGGUACCAACUCAUCUAAAGGACCCCUUUAUUACAUGCAAGAGGAGCCUCGUCAAAAUGAUCCUCAAGGGGAGCAAGAUAUCAAUGAUCAAGGUGACAGAGUCUACCAUGUUCUCGAGGAAAACACUUACUUGAAUACAUUUCAGUUCCCAAACGGGACUUUUUAGGCGAGGAGCGCCAAAUGUCAAACAAUAGAGAAACCUGCUGAGCUGGCAAUUCCCACUUGCUGAAUAAAUACAGUCGAAUCUCCCAAAGCGACUACCCAAAAUUCACAAUAAAACGGAUAGCUUUUCGAAUCGUCACGAAAAUCUAUCCGGUGUUGUAUGAACACCUACCCGAUAUCUCCACUAUAGAGGUCGGGUCGGUCCAAUUUCUCUCCGUUAAGAAAUCGCCUUGAAAUCACCGUUCUUAUGUAUGAACAGUAGCCCUAUCUGGUAUGGUUUCUGCGCCGGCGCAAGUUAUCAAGUAUACUAUGAACAUAGUGGUCGCUUAAGGGAGGUUGGCAAUUAAAAGAAUCUAACUACAGGGGAUCUCUUCCGAGAAGAGGUCCGUACACACCUACUUUAUAACAUAUAAUUUCAUGCAUAGCUUUCCAAGUUACGAUAUGUGAAGUUCCAUGUUAAAAGCCGUUGAACGUUCUUCGUAUCCUCUAUAUACUAAAGUACCCACAACGAACAAGGACCAUAGCAUGCGUCAAGUGGUCGUUUAUGGUGUAUCCGUCCAAACAAAGAUCCUGGUACUAGUGUAUAAUUCCUUUGUCGUUUAUACGAUGGCAUUAACAAACAAAAAAAUGAGCAUGAUUUGGGACUACAUGCGUAAUUUUUGCUGAUCUAAGUGAACGUACCCUGAGGUCGUUGCAAAGCGCAAGCAUACGCUAUGAAAGCGGCUUCUUGCAAGUUAUAUUGUGAGGAGUGAAUACAGUACCUAACUUUGCUAACCUAAAAAUAUAACCUAAAUAUAAUACGACCAGUCGCAAAAAAUGUGAUGAUAACUGUAAACAUGUAAAUUACAUUUAGUCUGC